CCUUUCCUGGGAAAUCCCAUGGACAGAAGCCUGGCGGGCCACAGUCCAUAGGGUCACAGAGUGACUUAACUGAAGUGACUUAGCACACACGCACUAGUGUUAGAUUAUCUAGUUCAACCCAUUAAUUUUAGACUUCCCUGGUGGCUCAGACAGUAAAGAAUCUGGGGACCUGGGUUCGAUCCCUGGGUCGGGAAGCUACCCUGAAGAAGAAUGGGUACCCACUCCAGUGUUCUUCCCUAGAGAAUUCCACAGACAGAGGAGCCUGGUGGGCUACAGUCCAUGGAGUUGCAGAGAGUCAGACAUGACUGAGCAGCUACCACCAGCAAGAUCAUUAAUUACUAACCUGCUAAAUGCUAAUGCUUGACCUGCUAAAGGACAGGCAUUGAAGUCAGGCUUAGAUCACAAAAUGGUUUAGGCCAAAAUGGUUCUCUUAAGUCAAGAAAGCCAUAUGUGGUUCUCCUUCUCCAGAAACUCUAAUCUGUCUGCUUUGCACAAUCAAAAGACUCCUGUAGUUCCUCAAAAGUUAUAAAAUGGAGUUCUUUUUUAAGCUAAAUGCACAGCAAUCUUAUAUUUUGAUUUUGGAUAUUAGCUACUGUUAAAAAAGAAUUCAACCCAAUAAAUUUGAAGAUCUAAUCAGUUUCAUUCAGAAAUCUGACAAUAUGCCAUUUAGUGAAUAACAGGAUAUUCAAGGAGCUAUACAAGAUGGAAGGUUUUAUAGGCAGGAAGAGGGUAGGAUAAGGAAGCUAAAAGAGUAGACUAGUUCAGACAAAGUUGUGGGCAGAUUACCUCAUUAGUGCUGACCAAGAAAUUAACUGACUGGCUUAAAAUUUCACUGUUUGGAGAGUUUGAAACUGCAAUUCAGUUAGGUAUUAAGUCUUGAUGGGACUUAGCACAAAUAAGUCCAUCUUGGGCUUGUUGUUUCUUCUGCACUAUUUACCAAAAAGGAAUUGAUAGGAGGUGGAGACGGCAUUAAGUAUAAUGAGAAAAUAGAUUCAAGACAUAAUUAUUUGAUCCAAUUUGGUGAUUAGAUGUGAGGACUUUGGGAGAAAAGUUUAUGGCUAUCCCUAGACUUCUGGCCUGGAAAAAUGGGUACAUACCAUAAAGCCAUUUCCCAAGAAAGACAGCAUGUAUAAAGCAGGCUUGUGGGGAUAACACGAGAAUUAAGUUUGUUUUUGGGGGGCGCUGUGGUGGUUCUUCAUUGCUGCAUUCGGGCUUUCUCCAGUAGCGAAGAAGGGGCGCUGCUCUUUGUUGUGUGUGCAAGGGCUUCCCACUUCAUUUCGGGGCUGCUCCUGUUGCAGCAUGCAGGCUUCAGUAGUUGCAGCUCAUGGGCUUAGUAGUUAUGGCACACAGACUUAGUUGCUCCUCAGCAUGUGGAAUCUUCCUGGACCAGGGAUCAAACUGGUGUCCCUUGCAUUGCAAGGCGGAUUUCUUAACCACUGAUCCACCAGGGAAGCCCAGGAAUGUAGUUUUAAGUCUCUUGAAUUUGAGGAAUGCCUGGAACAUUCAAGUGGAGAUAUUUAAUAGGUAGUUGGUUACCUGGGGUAGUGCUCAGGCAUAAAGGGGGGAAAGAGCAUAUGGAUGAUACUUGAAUCCUGGAUUGUACCCAUGAGCAAGUGAGAAGAGUCCUGAGGAAUUGUGCUUAGAGGAACACGGAUAUUUAGAAGCAGGUGAAGUAAAAAAAGUUUGGAGGAGAAAUAGGUCUUGGAGUUACAAGAAUCAAGGAAGGAAAGAAUUUCAAAGACAAGAGAAGAAUUGGUCAGAUGGAAGGCAGUAGCUUUAGAAACUGGAUUUUUUUUUUUUUUUAAUGUAUUUAAAUGCUUCUGUGAAAGGAACUGGGAGACGCAGGCUUGAUCCCUGGGUUGGGAAGAUCCCCUGGAGGAGGAAAUGGCAACCCACUCCAAUAUUCUUGCCUGGGAAAUCCUAUGGACAGAGGAGCCUAGCAGGCUACAGUCCAUAGGAUCGCAAAGACUUCGGACAUGACUGAAGUGACUGAGCAUGAGAGGAACCAAUAAUCAGGGGGAUGGGGGGCCUGAGGGAAUAGAAGUAGAGAAGACUAGUUUUUAUGCCGGAAGAAGGCAUAGAAGUUUAUUUACUGGAGAAGUGUAAAAAGCAAAGCUAUAUUGCGGAGUAGUGGAUGAAGGAAAGGAAUCUGGAAACUGUUUCCAAAGGAAAAAACCCAUUAGUUUGGAACUAGAGGAUUUCUUUGCAUCAGACGCUAAGAUGAAAGAAUCCCCAACAAGUGGUGAAUGUGACAAGGCGGUGGGGACACAGGUGAAGAGGCUAGAUGAGAUUAAGGUAGAGCCCGACAAUAUUCAGGAGUACUGUCAAGCCCAACAGCCCAAAACUCAGGAGAAUGACCUGAAAAUAAACUCUGCGUUUUCAGACAGUGCUCCUCAGAUGACUACAGGCAUUCAGCUUUCUCUGGCGUCAUCUGGCAUGAAUAAGAUGCUUCCUUCAGUUUCAACCACAGCUGUUCAGGUUUCCUGUUCUGGUUGUAAAAAAGUUUUUCAAAAGGGACAAACUGCUUAUCAGAGGAAAGGUUCUACUGAGCUUUUCUGCUCUAGACCGUGCAUCACUGAAUACAUUUCAUCUGUCAGUUCACCAGCUCUUCCGAAGAGAACUUGUUCAAACUGCUCAAAAGACAUUUUAAAUCUAAAGGAUGUGAUCAGUAUACAGCUGGAAGAUACUACCGCUAGCAAAACUUUUUGCAGUCAGUCUUGUCUUUCAUCAUAUGAAGAAAAAAGAAAGCCAGUUGUUACCAUGUGUACUAAUAGUGUUUCAGACAAGUGCAGCAUGUGUCAGAAGACUACUGCUAUUCAGUAUGAAGUAAAAUACCAGAGCAUGAAACAUAGUCUUUGCUGUAAUGCCUGUUUUUCAAAAUUUCACUCUGCUAACAACCUCAUCAUGAACUGUUGUGAGAAUUGUGGAGCUUACUGUUCCACUAGCUCUGGUAUGUUUCAUAUGCUUCAAAUGGAAGGACAGUCUCAAUACUUUGAUAGUUCAAAGAGUAUUACAGCACAUAAGCAGAAACCAGCCAAAACACUCCCAUCUGUUCUUUGCGAAUCAUUGAAGCCCUCAGAUGAAAUGAUUGAGACUACCAAUGACUUGGGGAAGACAGAGCUUUUCUGCUCUAUUAAUUGUUUCUCUGCUUACAGUAAAGCUAAGAUGGAAUCUUCUACAGCGGUACGUGAUGCUUCAACGAAUCUCCCUUCUCCAAAGAAAGACGCAACUCCAGUUAUAAGCAAUAUAGUGUCAUUGGCAGAUACUCACGAUGCCCUGCCCAUUGUGAACUCUGAUGUAUUACAAGGUACAGUUUCUUCAGUAACAGCAAAUGUCGUUGAGGAUAUUUCGCCCACUGAAUCAAGUAAUAGUGUGCAGCAGCCUAGCCUUUCACCACCAUCAUCUGUAGUCAGUCAGCAUACGGUUGCCUUAGAUACAGAAGAACAAAAAGAUCAUAUGUUAAACCAAGAUGCUCCAAACAAUAUGAAAUCCAUGAAAAAAAGUGACAGACUACGUCACCCAAAAUUUACAUCCAAAAUACGUAAAGUUAAAGGUAAAUCACAAAGUAUUAAAAAAUCUUGGUGUUCAAAUUUUCAACGAUUAGAAAACAGUAUUAAAAAGGAUGUAAUAUUCUGUUAUUCAUGCCAGUUGUUCUGCCAGAAAAAAUUUAACUAUGGAAGAGAGUCACUUAUAGCGCAAGGAAUUUCCAGUUGGAAAAAAACUCUGGAAAAAUUCAGAAAGCAUGAAAAAAGUGAAAUGCAUUUAAAGUCAUUGCAGUUUUGGAGAGAAUACCAAUUUUGUGAUGAAGCUGUUAAUGACAGUUUAUCUAAUCAUUCAAAAGAGAUUGAAGGAAAUAAAAUGUACCUAAAGCUUAUAAUUGAAAAUAUUUUAUUUCUUGGAAAACAAUGUUUAUUCUUAAGAGGAAAUGACCAGUCUAUUUCAUCUGUGAAUAAAGGCAAUUUUUUAGAAUUGUUAGAAAUCCGAGCAAAAGAUAAAGGAGAAGAAAUAUUUCGACUUAUGAAUUCACAAGUUGACUUCUAUAAUAGUACACAAAUUCAAAAUGAUAUUAUUGAAAUAAUAAAGACUGAAAUAUUGCAAGAUAUUGUAAAUGAGAUCAAUGUCUCCUCAGCUUUUUCAGUAAUAUGUGAUGAGACAACUGAUAGUGCCACUAAAGGACAGCUCUCAGUUUGUGUAAGAUACCCACAGAAAACAUCAAAGGCUGUAUUAAUUAAAGAAAGAUUUUUGGGUUUUAUAGAUGUUGAAGAGAUAACUGGGACCAACUUACACAGGAGUAUCAAAGCUUACCUGCAGCAAAUUGGAGUUGAUUUGAAUAAAAUACGAGGCCAGGCCUAUGAUAGCACCAGUAAUUGGAGGGGAAAAUUUAAUAAAAUUGCAGCAGAAUUUAAGAAGGAAGAGCCAAGAGCUUUAUACCUGCAUUGUUACACACAUUGUUUGGAUUUAGCAGUGAUUAGGUUUUGUAAAGAAGUGAAAGAGCUCCGAAGUGCUCUAAAUACUCUCAGUUCUUUGUUCAGCACUAUUCAUGGGGAAAUGUCGGUAAAUUUUCAAAACAUUUAUAACCUAAGUCAAAACAAAACAUGCAAGAAACACACAUCACAACCAUGUUGGACAGCCCAUGAUAAUACAUUACUGUCUGUGAUUGAGGGUCUUCCCGAAAUCAUUGAAACGCUGGAAGUUCUAUCAAACCAUUCUUCAAACACAAGUUUAGUUGAUGAAUUGAGUGAUUUGUUGGCGUUGGUUUCCAAAUUUGAAUUUAUCUUUUGUUUGAAAUUUCUUUAUCGAAUACUAAGUGUUAUAGGAAUUCUUUCCAAAGAGUUUCAAAGUGAAACAAUAGACAUUUUUUCUUUGUCUUCAAAAAUAGAAGCAAUUUUGGAGUGUUUAUCAUCUGAAAGAAAUGAUACUUAUUUCAAAACUAUCUGGGAUGGAGCAGAGGAAAUAUGUCAAAAAAUAACCUGUAAAGGUUUUGAAGUUGAAAGACCUUCAUUUCAGAAAAGAAGAAAAAUUCAGAAAACUAUAGAUCCUGGCAAUUCAGACAGUAUGUUUUUUCCUACCUCAACAGAAGAACAAUACAAAGUUAAUAUUUAUUACCAAGGCUUGGAUACUGUAUUGCAAAAUUUAAAAUUGUGUUUUUUAGAGUUUGAUUAUUAUAAAAUGAAGCAAAUUUCAGAACUGUUACUUAAAUGGAAUGAACCCUUAAAUGAAGCAACAGCCAAAGAUGUCCAAGAAUUUUAUAAAUUUGACGCAGACAUCAUCCCAGAACUUAGAUUUUAUCGGCACUAUGCAAAGCUCAACUUUGUCCUGGAAUAUGAUUUUAUCAACUUCAGCAAUCUUGGCCAUUUAUUUAUUCAGCAUGGUCUUCACAAUAAUAUUCCUUGCAUAUCAAAGCUAUUAUAUAUUGCUUUGUCUUGGCCAGUCACUUCAGCAAGUGUUGAAAACUCAUUUUCUACACUGUCUCGUCUUAAAACAUAUUUAUGUCGUACCAGGGGACAAGAAAAGCUUAGUGGCUUAGCCCUAAUGGCUGUUGAACAGGAAUUGGUAGAUAAACUGAUGGAACCUGAAAGGCUCAGUGGAAUUGUGGAAAAGUUUAUCCUUCAGGUGAAAGAAAUAUAGUACUUGCUAACUUGAAUUCACCUGAAAGAAUUUUGAUUUCUGUUGUAUAUUACAGUUUUUAUUUCAUAUGUGUGUCUUUUUAAGAAAAAAGGUUUUUCAUCAGAACAUGUAGCAUUUACUUGGUUCAAAAUUCAUGACAUAGAAUGAUACAUAGUGAAAAGGCUCCAUCCCUUUUUAAAUACUCAUUUCCCCCUCCCAAAAGUAUUCUCUGUUUCUUAAAUAUCAUUCUGGAGAUAUUUAGUUGUAAAUGUACUGUGCAGUACACGCUGUUCUUCAGCUUGCCUUUUUCAUUUAACAUGACAUUUUUCUCAUGUUCCAUAUAUCAGUACAUAGAGUUUUUGAGUCUUUUUUUAAUAACCACAUAAGAUUUAAUUGUAUGGAUGUACCAUAAUAUAUUGGAGCAGUCCCUACUGAUAAACAUUUUCUUUCCAGUCUAUUUAAAUUGCAGAUAAUGCUGCAUUUAAUAACCUUGUACAUAGGUCCCGUUGCACAUUAGUGAGUUGCUAUAAAAUAAAAUUUUAAACUGGAAUUACUAGGUCAGAAGAUUUGCAAAUUUUUAUUUUUCAUAGAUAUUGGCAAAGUGCUUUCUGUAAGGAUUGUAUAAUCUUAUAGUCCCACCAACAAUGUGAGAGUGCCUGUUUCCUUGAAUCUUUAUUAAGUAUUAAUAAACAUUUUGAUUAUUGCAAA